AUGAGAGAUAGAUCUAAUCCUGAAUCAGACUUAUCUCCAAGAUUAACUCAAAACUCUGAAAAUCAAAAUCAAAUUUUCCAAAUCAGAUAAUCAAACAUGAGAAAUAGAUAAAGGGAUUAAUUAAGUUAGUAGAAAAACCAAACUUUUGGCUCUGAAAGAAAAGUUUAAGCUUCUCCAAUGACAUAAGCGACAAACAACUUUGAAUUUUCUACGAAAGAUUCCAGAGUUGACCGAUCAAUCUCUAUGUAAAAGUUUAUACCUCAAACUGUUACAGGCACUAAUGUCAAAUAGUCUCUGAGAUUAUCUUAACAAAGAUUAUAACAGUUUUAGUUGCCUAACGGACUCAUCUUCAAUCCAAAUGUAGAGACUUCAGAAACCCAAUAAAAAUAUCAAUUAGCCUAUCUUACAGUAAACAGCAGCAAGUAGAUAACAAAAUUAAAAUCCACAUACGCCUAUAAUAAUUUCUACAAAAAGAAAAUAGCUUUAACAAUCUAUUCCGAUAAAUAUGAAAUCUCUGGGGUAUAAGCAACUUUACUUUAAAGCUAAAAUUAGUCUUAAUUUGACAAUGCUAGAACUACGGCUACUCAUGAUUCAUAACCCAACGCUCAAAAUGAUACUUUGCAUAAAAAGACCUAAAGCAAUUCAUUAUAUCAGCAAGUAAACGUGGAUUCUUCCUCAUUAGAAUAAAUAGAUAUAACAAAUCAUUAGAUUAAGAUAAAAGAAAAUUCAAUUACUCAUGAUUAACCUAUAUUACAUGAGACAGAUAAAUCUCAAAUGGUUUAAGUAUAAACGAGCUAUGAAUAUCUUAGAUAAGCUAAAACAGGAUAUUCUAAAAAGAGAAUAAGUAUUCAUAAUUAAUCACAGCAUCAAGCCCAAACCAUUCGUGUUUCACCAAGAGUGAAUGAGAAAAAAGUUAGUAAAUAAAUGAAAAGAAGCUUGUAGCUGGAUGUAUAAAAAAAGAGCGCUUUUAAUUACAAUAUUUUUUCUAAGGAUCUUGUGUUGAAAAGUUAAUCUAGUAGUCUUGGGAAAUCAUAUAAAUCUAGCUAUAAGAAGUAAAAUAAAUCUAAGAAGCUCUCAUCGGCAGGUUCAAUGUCCAAAUAUAACUAACCUGGCAUACCUUUUGAUGGUAAGGAUAUCAAAAAUAGGCAUAGUGGAGGUUGCUGCCAUAGUUUUUAUAGCAAUACUGAUACAUCAUUAUCAGUAAGUCCGCGAUUCAAAUAUCAAAAUAAGAAGACUGAAUAGAAGAGGUUUCGAUAAUCUGUAAGUAAGAAACCAAGUUAUUCAAACAUCUCUAAUAACUCUUACAUGUUCAAUAAAAGUCUAUUCAGAGAAAAGAGGCCUUAAAAUUUAGGGAAUGCAACCUCUUAAUCAAUAAGAGAACUAAAGAAAGAUGAUGAAAUGAGGCAAACUGUGAAAGAUUAUUUGAAUAGUUAAACAGAGACUCCUUAUUUUGAUGAAUCUUAGAUUUAAUACAUGUCUGAUUUUGCCUAAAAAAGAGCGCUAUCCCGUGAGGAACUUAUGGCUCAGGGGCUAAAUUAUAAGUUCUCGAUCUAAGAUCUACCAAAAUAUAGCCAAAGAUUGCAUCCUAAGGAUCUGAGAGAUAAAUUUAGUAAGACUGUUUUAGGAAAGAGAUGCCCAACUCUGGCUGAAAGAAUAAGAAAUCUUGAGCAGAUUUAGAGGAAGCUGAAGGAGUAAUAGUAUUGGGAAGGAUUACGAAACUAUGCACUGAUCCAAUAAUAAGAUUGGAGUAAAUCUAAACUAUAUGAUAACUAUAAGCAAAAUGGAUUUUUCAAGGAACAAAACGAUGAUAUCUACUCAGAGACAGAAGUACAGUAUUAUAUAACUGUGCUUCGCAAAAUACACAAAAAGAAGUAUGAUGACAUGUCAAAUGAGGAAAUCAACAAAGUCAUAAUCUAGCAUUUCACAAAGUCAUCCUUAACUCUAAAAUAUUUAAUGAGGCUCAUUUGUCUUGACUACUACUAUGAAAGAGUGAAUCUCAGAAAACAAAAGAUGAUCAAGAAGAGAUAAAGCGCAGAUUAAAGAUCCGACUUAAUGACGUUGUAAAGUAACUAAUACAAGAUCAUAAAUUCUUCCAGCAAAGAUUUUACUUCAAAGGAUAGAUGA